AUGGCAUGGGGCACCGUUGCCUGGGAGAUCUCUGGAAUCGUAUUCUGCAUCUUUGGGCUCGGGAAAGCGCAGAACUUGGUUCACUACCUUUCAAAGCCCUGGUAUUUGCGACCCAGAGUGGUUCUCCCGCAACUUGAAAUACAGCAGGAAGUGGAUAAUGCCCCUCCCUUCUGGCGCACGCCAAUCUUCUUGAUUUGCCGUGAUCGCCUGUACUACCUGCAGAUGUUGGUGUCUCAGCUUCAAUCGCUAGGCUAUUACCACAUCAUCGCAAUCGACAAUAAUUCGACCUACAAGCCGCUUUUGUCCUGGUACAAGGAGAAGCUGUUUUGGGUGCUGCAUUUGCCGGCUAAUUUGGGCAAUGAAAUAUCAAAAGUGCUAUGGAGGAUGCACUGGAAUCGCUCCACCCACGUGACUGAGUACAUCAGACACUUUGGAGGUCGAUAUGUUUUGGCCGAUCCGGACACUCUGUUCGAGGCUAACGUCCCUCGGAACUGGCUGCAGCACUUUUGGGAGAUCAUGGACCGCCACAACGUGAACAAGGUGGGGGCUGCCCUGCGGCUGGAUGACCUGCCAAACCACUAUGCUGCACGGAAACAAGUUUGGCAACACGAGUGCAGGUUUUGGCGAGAGGAUCUGCUUGUACAAAAGGAGAAACAUGUUUUCUGGGCUCCUAUUGACACCACAAUGGCACUCAUCAGAGUUUUCCAGCGGGAGAUGCCAGCUUCGAAUCCUUCAUGUUGCUUGCGUGUUGCAGGGCCUUACACUGUCAGGCAUCUUCCCUGGUACGAGAACAGUCGCUGGCUGCUGCCUGACGUGAGCUAUGCAAAGAAGAAUCGGGGGCAAGGCCACACUUUUGGCUGGUGGUCCAGAGCUGAAGGGUUUGCGAGAAGAGGCAAGACGAUCAUUGAUUCUGACAGUCCUACUGGCCAGUUCGGACGUGCCAGCAACGAAACGUUUGUUUUCCCAGCUGGCGUGGAGUAUGUAGGCUUUUGCCGACGAUUCUCUCAUGGGAUCCCGGCGACAACCGUACGACCACCACAAUGCCAGCAGGCCCAUAUCUCCACGCAGGAGAGCAGGUCAAUACAAGUUGCUGGCGUCCAGGUCCGCUUUGCUUUAGGCGCCUUUCAGGCUGACCUUUGGCCGAGUUUUGAGGGUGAGGCCCCGGCAUUCUUCGCAGCACUGCGAAGCGUAGUAAAGGACCUAGUGGUUUUGGAUGCGGGAGCUGGCAUCGGCUUCUCAACGCUUUGGCUGGCGCAGUUAGGUGCCAGAGUCGUGGCCCUGGAGCCUGUGCUGGCCUUCAGGGCAACACUGGGGCUUUGGGACGAGGAAGUGACGCUGAAGACACCCUGGGAGUCUGGCUCCGGCUUCCAGGCAGACCGGCAGACCUGA